GUGAAUAAAGAUUUCGCCUUUGGAGAUGGAGAGAGGAGGAAGCAACCAAGUGCUUGGGACAGCUGGGUUGCAAAGCGGACACCCAGCCCAGACCUUGCGUGGACCCCUCGCUGGGCUCUGGGCUAGCCUCGGUGAUCACUCACGUGACAGGUGUCCGAGCCCGAGCUAGGCGGUCCAGCACGGUUGGUGGGGACUGCCGGUGUGCCCGCCCCGCGCUCCGCUUCCGCGCACGUGACGGCGCGUCGCGCUCUGAUGCGUUUUGCGCGGCUGCUCGGAGGCGCGGGUGGCUCGGGCUGCGGCGGCGGCUGCGGUGGCUGCAGCGCGGGCUCGGGGACCGGGGCGCCGAGAUGGAACCCCCAGUGACAUUUUGUCUUCAGGCCCUCAGCCACAGGGAGCAGACCCUCUUGCAGUGGUGCCAUGAGAGAUGGAUAAGGGAAUGUAUCAUGGAGAAGAUGGGACACACAGGCUGGCGCCCAUGCGGCUCUACACACUCUCCAAACGCCACUUCGUGCUUGUGUUUGUUGUCUUCUUCAUCUGUUUUGGACUGACUGUCUUCGUUGGGAUUGAAGGACCCAAAGUGAUCCAGACUUCUGCCGCUAAUUUUUCACUAAAUAAUAGCAAAAAGCUAAAACCAAUUCAAAUACGUUCAAAUCCACUCUCGACAUACAACCAACAACUAUGGCUGACGUGUGUUGUCGAGUUGGAGCCAUCAGGAGAAACGUCUAUUCAAACCAGCUUUUCCAUGACUGUUAAAGUCAAUGGUGUAGCUCAGGAUGGAACCAUGAUGUACAUUCACAACAAGGCUCACAAUCGGACAAGGACCCUCUCGUGUGCAGGGAAAUGUGCAGAGAUCAUUGUGGCUCACCUGGGCUACCUGAAUUACACACAGUAUAUGGUGACCGUCGGUUUUGAGCACCUGAACCAGCCCAUCAAGGAAAUGAACUUCACGUGGAAGACGUAUAACCCUGCCUUUUCCCAGCUGGAAAUUUGGUUCCGCUUCGUCUUUGUGGUGCUUACCUUCAUUGUCACUUGCUUAUUUGCACAUUCCCUGCGCAAGUUUUCCAUGAGAGACUGGGGCAUCGAGCAGAAGUGGAUGUCUGUCCUCCUGCCGCUGCUCCUGCUGUACAACGACCCGUUCUUCCCGCUCUCCUUCCUGGUGAACAGCUGGUUCCCAGGAAUGCUGGAUGACUUCUUCCAGUCUGCGUUCCUGUGUGCCCUGCUGCUCUUCUGGCUGUGUGUGUAUCAUGGGAUACGGGUCCAGGGAGAAAGAAAAUGUUUGACUUUCUAUUUGCCUAAAUUCUUCAUUGUUGGACUGUUGUUUUUGGCUUCAGCUACACUAGGAAUAUGGCAAACAUUUAAUGAAUUACAUGAUCCAAUGUAUCAGUAUCGAGUUGACACCGGAAAUUUUCAGGGCAUGAAGAUCUUCUUCAUGGUGGUGGCUGCUGUGUACAUUUUAUACCUCCUGUUCUUGAUAGUGCGGGCUUGCUCCGAGCUCCGUCACAUGCCUUACGUAGAUCUCAGGUUAAAGUUUUUGACUGCGUUGACCUUUCUUGUGCUUGUUAUCAGCAUCGUCAUCCUCUAUUUAAGGUUUGGAGCACAGGUAUUGCAAGACAACUUUGUAGCCGAACUCUCAGCUCACUACCAGAACUCAGCUGAAUUCUUAUCUUUCUAUGGUUUGUUGAACUUUUAUCUCUACACGCUGGCCUUUGUGUAUUCUCCAUCAAAGAAUGCUCUGUAUGAGUCCCAACUAAAAGACAAUCCUGCAUUUUCCAUGCUGAAUGAUUCUGAUGAUGAUGUGAUAUACGGGAGUGACUAUGAAGAAAUGCCCCUGCAGAACGGCCAGGCCAUCCGGGCCAAGUACAAGGAGGAGUCUGACAGCGACUGAGCCCUGGACAGCAGGCACGUGACGGCAAGGGGGCCAGGGGCCUCCCCCAGUGACCGUCCUGGUCCUUCCUUCUACCUGUGUGUGUUUGGACAGUUCUUGGAAGCAAUGGUUUCCUGUUCCUUAUUUGUUUACAUAUUUUUAAAGGAAUAACCAAAACUGAUUUAAAUAUUGGGCUGUUUGUCAGGGUAGCCCCAUUAUUUCAGAGAGGCCGAUAAAAACCUUAAAAGAAGGCCAAAUCCUUUCACAAAGAUUAUCAGAUGAGACAGCAUGUUUUCAGUACUGAGGAGAAAUAACCCAUUUUUUAGUAAAAAGAACUACAUACUUUUUUUUCUUUUUUUUUUGAGACAGGGUCUCCCUGUAGCCCCAGCUGUCUUGGAACUCACUAUGUAGACCAGGCUGGCCUCGAACUCACAGAGAUCCGCCUGCCUCUGCCUCCCAAGUGCUGGGACUACAGGCGUGCGCCACCACACCUGGCAUACUUUCUUUUCUUUUUAACACUAAUUCAUUCCAAGUCCGUGGGAAGCCCUGAUGAGGAGGGUCCCAGCCAGGCUGUGUGUCCCCAUCCCCGGCUCCAUGUUACCAGUCACCAUGCUUUCUACUCAGAGGGAUGCCAUUUCCAUGUCUCAGACAGGCAGUCUUCUCCAUCCCCAUGGACCCAUGGAGCAGUCAGCACCGAUUCCCAGGCUCUGGAAUGACUGCAUUGAUUUCAUUUGAUGAGCCAGAUAAGGUGUAGCCUGUCAGGAAUGGGGGGCGGGGGCAGGCUCCCACCGCUGCUGCUGCCGCCGCACAAGUAAUAACACCACGGGGUUCAGAGGGGAACUGAUAGGCUGGAGGAGGCUCGGGUGUUUCCAAGCCAACAGCCCUGUGGGCAAGGUCUUGUGCCCUGGUGCUUUUCAAAGGUCUGUGUGCAUAUGUGAUGAGCGGGUUUCCCUGUGCCAGGGUGGAUAACAGGAUAGCCCUUCCUGUUCCCAGUAAAAAGUUCUGCAACUCGGCUGAACGUGAAACCCCAAAGAGCUUUAUUUUUUUUAAUGAAAGCUACAUCAAAGACUGCUGUAAUAUAAAUUCUUUGUUGCCAAAAAGGUUUUCAGUUGGCUGUUUAGAACUGAAGAGAAAGUAAAACAUUUUGAAUGGCAGCAGAAAAACCUCAGCUAGAAGUAAUUUGAAGGCCAUUCCCUGUCCUUGAAGUGUUGCUCUGGAAAAUGGAUGUUGCUUGCACUGGUGAAGCUCGGCACUGAAGGUCCUUAGAGUGCAGCUCCCUCCCAUCAGCCUCCACAGAGCCUACUGCCAUGUGGUAACGGCUCUGUGAAUACAUGGUACAGUGUCUGGCUAGCCUGCUGCCGUUUUGACAGAUCCAGAGGCCAAGGAGCAGGCCAACCCCCUGCUGCAGCACCACGUUCCCUUCAUCUAUGCACAGAGUCACAGAUCUCUGCUCAGAGCUGCAGGUGACUGUCCACCUAGGGUGGGCUGGGACCCAGAGACGCUUGGGACACACUACAUUCUGACUUCCUGUCUUCUCAGACUUUAAUGUACUUUAAUAUGGAUUAUGUUUGCAUUAAAAAAACAAACCUUGUAAAUAUGAACAUCUGAAUAAAAACUUGUUGCAAGGGGCAAGAGUAAUUCAAGUUUACAUGAUUUUAUAUUUGCAAUGCUGUGAUUACUUUUGAUUGCUGUGUACUCAGAGGUAUUGAAAAUAUUUUCAGUUACCAACUUUGACAGUUUGUAAUACAGCUACUCCAACUACAGUUUGAUGUACACAGAUGAAUACUGACUUGUGCUGAUUAUGUAUUCUAAUAUGUGAUAUAUUUACAUGUUUUAAUCAUUGUAAAAGAACUGUUCAUGACUGGGAAUGCUAUUUAUCUCAGUGUAAGAUUUGAAGCAUUUAGGCAUAGACAUUAGCACUUCUAAAAACUGUCCUAUAGUAUAAUUAUAAACUGUUGACAAAUGUCUUCAUACAUUGCUUCUUCAUGGCAUCAGUGAAAUUAAAAUAUGGGAAUAUUUUGGUUGGAAACAAUAGUUACAAGAAAGUACUUAAGGGGACAGGGGCUUCAUUAAAUCAUGUUUUCAAAUUUUCUUCCCCAGUGUCAUGUAUAUCAUCGUAUACUCUGUAAAAGUUUCCUUAAAAAUCUGGAGAGUUGGAUGUGUAGACUGUGUACUGUAGGUAGGUAUUAGGUUAAAACACUAAAGUCUGCCAGAAACUUUUGAUAGUAGCAAGAAAAUUGUUUUGCUUUGAGGGUAUUAAAGUUUUGUAACCUUACAUUAUAAAUUCAAAGGGCUGACUAGUUCUUUCAUGGUAAUGGUUUGAAUAAUAUCAUCUUUAGGAUAUUUUUUAUAUUCCCAAUCUAGGGGAACCUGGAAGAUCAAUAGAGACCUCUCUCACUUUCCCUGGGGAGAGUCUCAUUAUCCAUGUGGAUAAACAGGUCUGCUUGAUUUAUUGUUAAAUCAUUACAGCAGUUAAGUGGUACCCUUAAGCCCCAUUUGACUGGCUGGAGAGGAGAUACGUAAAGUAUAUUCAAGGCUUGCAGGCAGUCACUGUACAUAAAGACUAUAGUGAGUUAAUCUGUAAACGCAACCCACAGAUGGACAGGUUACAAAACAGAUGUCACCGGCCUCAAGUGUCUCAUGAACCAUUGAAGACAGAGUUAUGAAGAAUAGGUUAUAAUAUGGCCACUAACUUAUUCCCUGAAUCUUUUUCACAGGAAAAACACAGAAACCAUAAAAAGGGAUAAUUAAAAAGGACUUCCCCAUGAGCACUUGGUAAAGAACAGAUUUGAGACCGCAAGUGUUUUUGUGUAUAAUGAGGGUUUAGAAACCCAUUGCCUUAGAGCUUAGAUUUUUUCGUGGGGGAGGCAGAGGGGAGGAUAAGUACAACUUUUAUUUUUCCAGGCUAAAGGGAAAUUGAUUUAAUCUGAUAUCUAGUUGAACAAUUUAUCUUAAUGUUUUGGCUAUAUUGGUAAGUGUAAUACCACCCUAUGAAACAGGAUUUUUUCUGCUACUGAAAACUGCCUUUUUACAAGAAGUCUAUAAAUAUUUGUAAAGUAAAAACAUUAGGCUUUAAGCUCAGAAAGAAAGCCAGAACUCUGUAUUUAAGUUUGGGCCGUCAGUAGAGCAGCCUUACCUCAUCAAUGACCAUUGCAAUGAGGCAAGAGUAAAUAAAUGUUAUUUAUGGAAAGCUCAAUAAAACUCAUGUUUUGAGAA